CAAUCAUUCAAUUUUCGAGUAAAAUAUUCAUAAUCCCGAUUCCAUAUUUGGCGGGUAUUACGAAAUAAUGGCAAGGACGAAAAAUAUAAAUUCAAAAAAAAAUUUUGGGAAUCAGGAUGCCACUACGUCAUCACAAAGCAACAAAAUUCAUUCAAAUUUGGGUGAUGCCCCAGUGCAUUAUCACAACAAACAUGUUUUAAGAGAAAUAAAUAAGUAUCAAAAAUCAUCAGAACUAUUGAUUAGAAAACUUCCCUUUAUGAGACUAGUUAAAGAAAUAUCAGAUAAUAUGUGUUUUGAAGAUAGUAGAUUUCGAUGGCAAGCUGAAGCCAUUCUGGCCUUACAGGAGGCUGCUGAGGCCUUUUUAGUUACACUAAUGGAGCAAACCAAUUUAUGCGCAAUCCAUGCUAAAAGAGUAACAAUAAUGCCUAAAGAUAUUAAAUUAUUCAUAAGAAUAGUAUCUCCUUUUAAUAAUUAAAAUUUUAAAUAUACAUUUUAUUGUAAAUAUUUUUUUAAACUCUUUAUAAGUAAUAUUUAUGUAAAUUUUUAUAUAUUAAAGCAUACCUAAAUUAUAUUGUACAAAUUGUAAUUUUAAAAAUAAAAUUAGGAAACAUAUUUUAGACCAUUUUUGUUUUCAUAUAUCAAUGAUUCAUUGCUACCCCUUAAUAUCAAUAUUACAGUGAUGAGACAUACUAUAAGAAAGCAUUAAUCAUUGUUUUAAUUUUUUAUUAAAAUAAAUAAGCAUUUUUAUUUAUUAGCUUCCCUAACCCUAUUUUUUAUUUAUUAAAAAAAGAAACAAUUUUCUAUUUGCUUCAU